UUCUUCCUCUCUUCUCCUCUCCCUCUCUCUCUCUCUCUCUCUAAAUUCUCGUGAGUUUUGGAAUCUUCUCCCCCAAAAAUCUUAUCUUUCAGCCAAAGUCUUGCGCUUUUCGCUGAUGGGUUGUCGCGAAAUCUAGCAAUGACGUCAUUUCCCGUUGAUUUUGUUAGCCCCAUUGUAUUGGGAUUAAUUCUCUUGUGCUGGUUCUCCGGCACCACCGCCGCCGGCGCCGGCGCCACUGAAUUUGAUUUCGGAACCUUGACGCUGAGCAGUUUGAAGCUGUUGGGGGAUGCCCACUUGAGCAAUAACACGGUGCGGCUCACGCGCGACCUCCCGGUGCCGAAUUCCGGCGCCGGGAAGGUGUUGUACGCCAAGCCGGUGAGAUUCCGGCAGCCGGGAUCGAGCGGCGCCGCCAGCUUUUCCACAUUUUUCUCCUUCUCGGUUUCCAAUUUGAACCCGUCGUCCAUCGGCGGCGGGCUGGCGUUCAUCAUCACCCCCGAGGACGAGACGGUGGGGGACGGCGGCGCGUACAUGGGAAUCAUGGACGCGAAGGGGACGCAAAACGGCGCCGUCGCUGUGGAGUUUGAUACGAUAAUGGACGUGGAGUUUAACGACGUUAACGGGAACCACGUGGGGUUGGAUUUGAGCUCGAUGGUAUCGGCUCAGGUGGGGGAUCUUGAAUCCGCCGGCGUGGAUCUCAAAAGCGGCGACCUGGUCAACUCGUGGGUCGAGUACUCCGGGUUAACUCAGCAACUCAAUAUUUCCGUUUCUUACUCAAAUCUCAAACCGAAACUCCCAUUCUUAUCCAUCCCGCUAAAUCUCGCCCAGUACGUGAACGAUUUCAUGUUCGUCGGAUUCUCCGGGUCGACUCAGGGCAGCACGGAGAUCCACAGCAUCGAAUGGUGGAGUUUCACCUCCUCAUUCGACGUGGGCCCCAAAUCCACCUCGCCGCCGCCGCCGCCAACCACCAGCCUAAUGAACCCGACGGCGAACUCCGUAACAUCGCCGCCGCCUUCCAUGCCGCCGUCGGAGUCGAGCAACGUCACCACCACGUCACACACAAAAACCGCCGGAAAAUGCCACAACCAGCUCUGCAAACAAGGCCCGGGCGCCGUCGCCGGCGUCGUCACCGCCGGCGCAUUCUGCCUAGGAUUCGCCGCACUCGCCCUAAUCUGGGUAUACUCGAAGAAAUUCAAGAACGUUAAAACCUCCGAAAUCUUAGCCUCCGACAUCAUCAAAAUGCCCAAGGAAUUCACCUACAAGAGCCUCAAAUCCGCCACCAAAUCCUUCGAUUCCGCCCGAAUCAUCGGCCACGGCGCCUUCGGCACUGUCUACAAAGGCAUAUUGCCAGAAAACAACGAGGUAGUAGCUGUGAAGCGGUGCAGCCACAACGGACAGGGGAAAACAGAGUUUCUGUCAGAGCUAUCCAUAAUAGGAACACUCCGCCACAGAAAUCUCGUCCGCCUUCAAGGCUGGUGCCAUGAAAAAGGCGAAAUUCUGUUAGUCUAUGAUCUUAUGUCCAAUGGGAGUUUAGACAAGGCCUUAUUCGAGUCAAGAAUGGUUCUCCCAUGGCCACACAGGCAAAAAAUUUUGUUAGGCGUAGCUUCAGCUUUAGCAUAUCUACACCAAGAAUGCGAAAACCAAGUAAUCCACAGAGACAUCAAAACCAGCAAUAUAAUGUUAGAUGAAUCCUUCAACGCAAGAUUGAGCGAUUUCGGGCUAGCCAGGCAAGUGGAGCACGAUAAGUCCCCGGACGCCACCGUGGCGGCCGGAACAAUGGGGUACCUGGCGCCGGAAUAUCUCCUGACCGGCCGCGCCACGGACAAAACCGACGUGUUCAGCUACGGCGCGGUGGUUCUGGAGGUCGCGAGCGGGCGAAGACCAAUUGAAAAGGAAGCUGAGAAGGCUAGGGGGAAUGGGAAUUUGGUGGAAUGGGUGUGGGGGUUGCACAGGGAAGGGAGAUUGCUCUCGGCGGCGGAUUCGCGGCUGAAUGGGGAGUUUGAGGAAGGGGAAAUGAGGAGAGUUCUUCUUGUAGGGCUCGCUUGCUCUCACCCCGACCCCAUGGCUAGACCUUCCAUGAGAGGAGUGGUGCAGAUGUUAGUUGGGGAAGCGGAGGUGCCAUUGGUGCCCAGAGCUAAACCUUCCAUGAAUUUCACCACUUCGGACCUUCUUAUGACUCUGCAGGACAGUGUUUCUGACUUGAAUGGCAUGAUUGCCUUCUCCCCUUCCUCCUCUGAGAGCAGCUUUACUGGAUUGGAUAUAGUCUAAUUAUUAUUAUUAUUAACCCAGAAAGCCUGGAAGAAGAAGGAAGAAGAAACCCAUCUUUUUGUUCAUAUUAUUCAUUAAUUUAUUAUCAUCUUCAUCAUUGUUGUUGUAUGUAAAGUGUCAAACAAGACAAUAACAUUAAUGUUCAUGCCCAGAGAACAUAGGGUUUAGUAGAUGAGUUUUACUAUGCUUACUCACAAAUUCUAUUCCUAUAUGGCAAAUAAGGAUAAGUUAUUCUCA